AUGGCGUCGUCGACAACAUCGCGUAAACGAAAACGAAAUGAAGAGGAUGAAGAUGAAGAGAAACAAGGAAGCCCUUUCGAAAUCAGUGACGAACAACUGGAGGACAUAGUACGUAUGAUUCGUACUACUCGAAACACCCGUGUACCCGCGCAAAUAUUUAAUGCUGAAUUAGUACGUGUGAAUACACGUUUUAAUCAUAGCGAAUAUAUAUACAAUAUUAAUGUAAGCAGUCAUAAUAUGAGUACACUGCCCGAACUUCUUGAUAAUAUGCAUAGGGUUUCUCAGUAUUUAAUUAACGUUAUACUGAAUUAUAAAGCUAAAUCGAGUAAGGACAAAGCACAUUUCUAUAUCUCUAAGGCACCGAAAACACCGUUUUCCACAGCUAUUCUUAAUGUUGAAGAUUUUACAUCGCAAUUAUUUUUUAAUAUUUUCGAACGACACAUGCAAAGCAAUGCGGAAGAAAGAGGUGAUCAACAACGGAUGGUAGAGACUCGUGAGUAUCUAUAUUUUUCUCAACACGUACGUCACAUCAAAAGCGGUAAAACGUCAGCGCACCUCAUCGCGUAAUGUGUAUAAAUAUAUAGGCAAAAAUACUAGCGAAGCGGGUAGUGCACGACGUACGGUACAGAAACAUGGUCGGGAAACUAGGAACGGGGUAUUUCAGGUGGUUGCAGGUAAUGUGAAACAAAAUUGUUUUCAAUACGCUAUACUUGUGGGUAAAUCCUUUUUACAAAAAGACGAACGAUUUAAAAUACUCCAUAGCAAUAGAAACGCUGAUCUUAUGAAACUAUAUACGUGCGACGAAAUUACGAACGUCUACGAAACUGCAGGCGUGUGUGUUGGUCCGGUACGAGUUGAGCAAUGUCGAUUGUUUUACGAAAAAUAUUUAUUUCCGGAUAAAAUUGAUCUUGUUGUCUUUUCAAAAUCUCAACAUGAUAAUAUUGUUUAUGAUUCACGACUAAAUACCGACGGUGUUCUCCAUCGUAUUACAAACAACGUGAUUUUUUUAUGGUUAAACGACGCACAUUAUGGUUUGAUUUUAUCGCCAAGAACCUUUUCACGUUUUAAUCUAGCACGAUUUUGUUUUCAAUGCAUGCGGUAUUAUAGAAAUACUGAAAAUCAUCAAUCGCACGUGUGUAGAACCGAAUUUACCUGUAAGAAUUGUUAUUCGCACGACAAUACUUGUGCUACAGAGCAUGAUUUUAAAUAUAAUAUAACGAAUGUCAUGUGCUAUUCUAUAAUCGUAAUUGUUUUCAAAAGCAUUUAACGCAACGUGUUUUUCGUAAUUCCUGGGGUACAUACGUUACGCCGUGCAUGUAUUUUUUCUUUUGUCUUACAUGUCAUAAGAGGGUAGCUAGGUCGUAUGCAGAAAAUGAGUACAAAAAAAGCCACAAAUUAAAGCAUAAAUGUCAUCAGUAUUAUUGUGCACAUUGCAAUAAGAUAAAGGAUAAAAAUCAUCAGUGUUACAGAAAAUACAUAAAAUUCCGAAAAAAUGUGAUUUACCCCUUACUUUAUUUUUACGAUUGUGAAACACGUCUUGAUCCUUCGACUGGCUAUAUGCUUCCUUUCUAUAUUGUGUUGUACAAAAAGUUUGUGAUCAAUGUGUUCAAAAAGCGUUUGAAAAAUCCACAGAGAAUUUUAUUGCGCACAGUACGGACGACGCUCAUUGCGAUAUCAGCGUGAAAAGUGUACCGUCGGUGGUUAUCGUCAAUAUGUUUUCGAGAACAGCAACGAAAACAUCGUGAAUAUUUUAAUAGAUUUCAUGUUAGAUCAACCCGAAGAUAGCGUGUGGAUUGCACAUAAUGGGGGAAGAUUCGACAGUGUUUUUUUAUUACGUGAAUUGCUUACUAAACGAGGAAUUGUACCCAAACUAAUCAUGAACGGUAAUAAGAUAAUGUAUAUGGAAAUUGAACAGCGAAAAAUAAAAAUUAUCGAUAGUUAUUUGUUUUUAGCCAUGCGUUUAAGUAAAAUUCCCGAAGCAAUGGGUAUUUGCAAGACUCAUAAAAAAUAUUACGGGUAUUUUUCCAUUUUAUGAUCGUACAUGUCAUACGAUUGCCGGUCUCGCGUUGAAAAUUUAUCGUAGUAAUUUUUUAACAGAAAACACAAUUGGGCAAAUUCCUGCUGCGGGUUAUGGUGGGAAUGUCAAUCAAAGUGUGAUCGCUUUAUGUUGGCUAAACGAAUUUGAGAAAGAACUUGAAGAGAUCGGGCAUACACUAAGAAGUAAAUUGUCGCCCGAAGGCGAGAUGUCCCUUGUAAAUCGACCCGUUGACGGAUACUGUACAGAAACUCGUACAAUCUAUCAAUUUCACGGUUGUUUUCUUCAUGGUUGUAAUAAAUGUUUAUUUUCUACGCGAAUGAACUCGGCGUACGACACAACUUUUUGAAAAUUCAGGUUAUCGUGUUAUUGAAAAAUGGGAAUGCGAUUAUAUGCGUGAGGGUAAAAUAACAAGAAGUCUAAUUACGCAAUACGUCAGAGUAAAUAUUUUGUUUAUUUAAAUUUAAAUGCACGCGAUGCGUUAUUUGGUGGGCGUAUGUCGCCGGCUAAAUUAUAUCAUGAUUCUUUGAUGCUUAAAAUUCGUUAUGUGGACUUUACGUCUUUAUAUUCGUUUGUUCAGAAAAAAAUAUCGUUAUCCGACGAAACAUCCCGAGAUUAUUCGCGGUGUGAUGAAAUGUAGUAAAAUUGAUGUGCACAAAAUUUUCGGAUUAAUUAAAUGUAAAAUUUUACCGCCGAGAAAUACGUUGUUUCCCGUUUUACCAGUUCGUUUCCAUUAUGUGCCACGUGUGCCGAAAAACAACAAUGUACACAAUGUAAACACACCGAUGAACAGCGUGCACUAUAUGGCACGUGGACAAGUGUCGAAGUACACAAAGCUUUGGAGCACGGAUACAAGAUACUUACGAUUUAUGAAAUUUAUCAUUUUCCCAAUAGUAAAAAAAAUUUCGAUUUAUACGUUGAUACGUUCAUGAAUUUAAAACAAGAAAGUAGCGGCGUACCUAAAACCUGUUUUAAACCCGACGGUGAAUUAGACGAAGUGAAAUUACGUAAAUACAUUGAUGAAUAUGCCGAGCAUGAACAUGUCUACUUGGAUCGUGCCAACAUAAGUUAUAAUCCGGGUCAAAGAACGGUUAUGAAAGCUUUGUUAAAUUCGUUAUGGGGUAAAUUGGCACAAAACGAAGACACGAGCAUUGUAUCGUCUGUGGACUCAUUAUAG